AUGUCAAUCCUCAUCCGCUUAGCUGCGCUGCUCAGUUGGAUCUUCUCGACCUCCACUUUCGGCUGCGCUCAACAUUUCAUCGACGGUUCUGGUUACUCCGUCACAUCUGCGAGUGAAGAUGCCGGUGUACUCACUAUUAACCUCGCUGUAAACACCGCUUCGACCUCGACCCCGUACGGCUCUGACCUGUCGGCACUCGUGGUGACGGUCACCAAGACGGAGAAAGACAGUGUCCGCGUGAAGAUCCUGGACAAGAACAGCAAGCGCUGGGAAGUGCCCAGGGACCUGUUCACCGCCGGUUCUCUGGGUACGGACAGCACGGCAACGUCUGCUGCGACGGAUCCGCUGUACUCGUUCAACUACACGCAGAAUCCGUUCACGUUCAAGGUGGUGCGCAAGUCCGACGGCUACACGCUCUUCGACUCGUCUGGUAUCUCGUUGGUGGUGAAGGAUCAGUAUCUGCAGGUGGCGACGGCGCUGGGCAGUGAUCUGAGCGUAUAUGGCAUUGGCGAGAGUACUCGCGACAACUUCAAGAUGUCUUCAGGCGACAAGCAAACUCUGUGGGCGCGCGAUCAGGGAUCCGCUACUCCUAUCGUCAACACUUACGGAUCACACCCGUUCUUCUUAGGUAUCAACAGUGCCGGUCAGGCCCACGUGGACACCUCGUUUACCAGGCUAUCGGUGGUGUACUCGACUUCAACAUCGUGGUUGGUCCGACCCCAGCGAACGUCGUCUCGCAAUACACCAAGCUCAUCGGACGUCCAAAACUCAUGCCGUAUUGGUCGUACGGAUUCCACCAGUGUCGUUGGGGCUACGGCUCUGUCGAUGCUCUCCGUACUGUCGUGAACAAGUACAAGAGCAGCAAUCUUCCGU